AUGUCGGACGUCCAGGAACGCCUCAAGAAGCUCGGUGCCUCCGCGCGUAUCGGUAUCGGCAAGGGCACCCCCCGCAGAAAGGUCAAGCGCGCGCCUGCCCGCUCCGCCGCCGACGACAAGAAGCUCCAGGCCGCCCUGAAGAAGCUCAACGUCCAGCCCAUCCAGGCCAUUGAGGAGGUCAACAUGUUCAAGUCCGACGGCAACGUCAUCCACUUCGCUGCCCCCAAGGUCCACGCCGCCGUCCCCGCCAACACCUUCGCCAUCUACGGCCACGGCGAGGACAAGGAGCUCACCGAGCUCGUCCCCGGCAUCCUCAACCAGCUCGGCCCCGACUCCCUCGCCUCCCUCCGCAAGCUCGCCGAGAGCUACCAGAACAUGCAGAAGGAGGGCAAGGACGGUGAGGAGGACGACAUCCCCGACCUGGUCGAGGGUGAGAACUUCGAGAGCAAGGUCGAGUAA